CAUUAACCGAACAUAGCAUACAUUUGAAAAUACGCCACCAUAGUUUGAAAAAAACCAAGCAGUUUUAUAUCGAACAUUUAUAACGCGCGCCAUUGUUAACCAAAACGACAAAAACAGCAUUUUAUAAUAAUCGCCCGUUUGGAGCAUCAUCCAUUGAAAAAAAUUCAUUAAAACGAGCUACUUGCUGAUCCAAGAAAUUUAUUAAAAGAUUACUGAACUAGUAAACAUGGCAGCAGAACAAGAUAUUCCAACCUUUAAAUGCGUUCUUGUCGGUGAUGGUGGUACUGGUAAAACUACCUUUGUCAAACGUCACAUGACUGGUGAAUUCGAAAAGCGUUACGUCGCCACACUCGGUGUGGAGGUCCAUCCACUCGUGUUUCACACAAAUCGUGGUCCAAUCCGCUUCAAUGUCUGGGAUACUGCCGGUCAGGAAAAAUUCGGCGGUCUUCGUGAUGGCUACUACAUUCAAGGUCAAUGCGCCGUUAUUAUGUUUGAUGUAACAUCUCGUGUUACCUACAAAAACGUACCAAAUUGGCAUCGGGACUUGGUGCGUGUAUGCGAAAAUAUUCCAAUUGUUUUGUGCGGCAACAAAGUCGACAUCAAAGAUCGAAAAGUAAAGGCCAAGAGCAUCGUUUUCCACAGAAAGAAGAAUCUUCAAUACUACGACAUUUCGGCCAAAUCAAAUUACAACUUCGAGAAGCCAUUCUUGUGGUUGGCCCGUAAAUUGGUCGGUGAUCCAAAUCUAGAAUUCGUCGCAAUGCCUGCUCUUUUGCCGCCAGAAGUUAAAAUGGACAAAGAAUGGCAAUUGCAAAUCGAAAAGGAUUUGCAAGAAGCACAGGAAACCGCAUUACCCGAAGAGGAUGAAGACUUGUAAACAACAGUUUGCCGUUGCGUCGUGUAUACCACAGCCACAAUUCAAAACGCCUUUAUAUUUCAUUUUCAUAUGUUUAAUAAAAACAAAAUAAACACAAACACACACACACACAAAACAAAAAACAAAAAAUAAAAACAAUUUACCCAACAGAAAGAGAAAAAAGUGCGUCAACAACCAAAUCGCCGAAAAAUCAAUAAAACUUACUUGAAUUCUAAUGCCUAACAUUUCAACGUUGAGAUAAGAUUUAAAACAUUUUGGAUAAAUGUGUUGCAUGACAACCGAUUAAUUUUCUUAUACCAAUAUUACCAAAACAAUUUGCGAUUUUGUUCUGUAAUUCAAUUGAAGUGUCACACGGGACUAUACAAAAUACAAGAUGGAAAAAACUGUUGUUAAAUCAUACAUUUAAAAAUAAAACAAUUAAACGAACUA